CUCAACGGCGGUUCAGCAGUGCGUUGCAAAGAACAAACGCCCACGGGUAUAUAUUUACUUAUUUACUCUUGGCCAAUCCGCGGUAACAUAAUAAAUAAUAUUUAUUAAAUAUUAAUAAUAAUAAAACACAAUUUCAAUUUCAACACUAGUUUUCUGUACAUUUUAUUCGCCACUACCGUCUAUCAUGAUUUAUUUAUUCAUCUAACGCAACGUUUUUCCGUUUAAGUAUACCAUCACCUAUCGUCGUCACAGCGUUGCGUGAUCGUCAGCAUUUAAUAAACGAUAUAUCUUUCUGCAUUUAUCAGUGAUUGUCGAUACAUCGACAUAAAUCUUCGUGGUCAUGUACUCAUCGAGACCUGCGAUCAACGUCGGACGGAUGUUUUUGCAUCGGGCGGCCCUUCAGUGUCGGCGAAAAAGGUCAUCAGCAACGCCAACGAACGCAAAGGUCGUAAACGACGUACACCACGUUCGAGGUGAUUACAGUCGCGUGACCGACGACGACGUCCGUCAUUUCCAAUCGCUGCUGGGUGAACCGAACGUGCUGACUGGCGCCCUAAACGUCAGGCCGUACAAUGUGGACUACAUGAAACAUGCUUCGGGCGAUAGCGGGCUGGUGUUAAGACCAAAAACCGCAGAAGACGUGUCGGACAUACUGAAGUACUGCAACGCCAGAAGCAUUGCGGUGUGCCCGCAGGCGGGCAACACGAGCUUGUCGAGCGGUAGCGUGGCGCUAUUCGACGAGGUGGUCUUAUCCACGGAGCGGAUGAACAAUAUAAUUAAUUUCGAUCCAGUGUCCGGGGUGUUGGUGUGCGAGGCAGGGUGCGUGCUCGAGUCGUUGAUGAAGCACGUGGAUGGUCAUGGGUACAUGAUGCCGUUGGACUUGGGGUCGAAGGGCAGUUGUCAGAUCGGCGGCAACGUGUCGACCAACGCCGGCGGCAUACGCGUCAUUCGGUACGGCACGCUGCAGGGGUGCGUCUUGGGCCUAGAAGCCGUCACUGCGGAUGGUACGAUUCUGGACUGUUUAAAUACUAUGCGAAAAGACAACACAGGAUAUCAUUUGAAGCAUUUAUUUAUUGGUUCAGAAGGUACAUUGGGCAUUGUCACCAAAGUAGCAAUAUUGUGUCCAAAUCUUCCAAAGCACGUGAAUGUGGCAUUUAUCGGAUUAGGCAGUUACGACAAAGUUCUUAAAUUGUUCUCCAUUGCUCGUGCCGAAUUCGGAGAAACACUAUCGUCCUUUGAACUCUUGGAUAACACAGCUGUGACAUUUGUGGAAAGCAAACUUCAUUUUUCGUGUCCAAUCCCUAACGUCCAUCCAUUCUAUGUACUCAUUGAACUCGCUUCCAGUCAACCAACUGUCGGCCAAAACUUGGAAAAUGUCUUGGAAAAAGCUCUUGGUGACUCGGUGAUCUCCGAUGCAACAACGACCGAUCAGAUGUCCAGUAUACGGAAAAUAUGGAAAGUUCGUGAAACAGUAAUUGAAGCGUUAUUAAAGCUUGGUUACGUGUACAGCUUCGAUAUAUCGGUACCUCUGAGUCGGUUUUAUGAAAUUGUUGAGUUAACCCGGGAAAAACUUAAAGGCAUUGAAGAUGUCAAAACCGUUUGUGGAUUUGGUCACAUAGGCGACGGUAACUUGCAUUUGAACGUGGUGACAACGAGACACGACGAAGAACUGGCCCGAAUGAUCGAGCCGUUCGUCUACGGGUGGACUUCCAAGCACCGGGGAAGCGUCAGCGCCGAGCACGGGAUCGGUCUGUCGAAAACGAAAUACCUGGAGCACACGAAAAGCGGGUCGGCCGUCGACCUUAUGCGGAGCCUGAAAAACACCAUGGACCCAAAGUGUAUAUUGAACCCUUACAAAGUCAUCCCGACCGUGGCGGCCGGCGACCAGUAAUCCGGGAUCGAAAAAAUGACCUAAUAUUUAUAUAUUUAUAACGCCAUAUAUACGUCAACCGCGGUGAUAAACUUUGGUGCACACACGUACACGCGGCACAUAUAUAAAUAUAUAAUACAAUACGUAUAUACACUAUAUACACGGAAUUACGUUUAUAUACGUAUGUGCGGGAAAGGGUUUUUGCAGCGAUGUGGUUAACUACAGAAACAGUUUACUCUUCUCGUUAAUAUGCCCAAAACCCCGAAGCUAUUUAAAUAAAAUACAAAUUCUGUGAAUCAAUAAACAUAUAUGUGUGUGUGUGUGUGUGUGUGUGUGCGUAUUAUUUUCUGAAUGUAUACCGUAGUCGUUGUCACGUUAUAUGUAAAAAGAAAAAGCAUAACUAUUUUUUUACAGAGUGGUCUCCGAGGGCCGAGAGAACGAGAAAAUAAAGAUCGUCCGACAUAUCAUUAUUAUAUAUCUAAACAUAAAAAUUCCCGUUGUUGUACACACACCUUAUCAUCACAUUAUUUUUUAAUAAAUACCUACGUAUAAGUUGUUCAUAUGUACGAUUGUAAAAAUAUAUAACACCACGUCAUA